AUGGCAAGGAGCCAACAACACGGUCAGUCCCGAAUUCCUAAGCAGCUGCGGGCUGGAGGAGGUUGUUUCGGACAUGGUGGCGAGCGCGACGAUGAGAAAACCCUCAGGGCUGUUCGAUUUCGCAGUCAACAGCAAUAUGAGGAGGGUUUUGACUACCACUUUCCGCUCCACCGCACAGUCCAAGGUGGCGAUUUCCGGAGAACGGCUUCAGGUUUAUGCCCCAAUCAGGAAUUUCGCAUCCACAGUCGGCCUGCAGAUUUUUUUUCUUACCCAUUUUUGCUCAAUCGUACGACCCUAGAUGGAGAUUUCCGGCGAUCUGCUGCAGACGGAAGGUCGCGCGGAGCCUUGGACGGGGAUUUUCGUCGGGCUUCUAGUGGCGUUGACGGCGCACGGAGGUGGCCGCAAGAAGGUCUUCGCGCCGCUGUCGACGGCGGCGCCUUCCUUGUCCGCGAGCCGCGCUGGGCCGAUGGAGGUUUUGCCACAGCCGGAGAGCGCAAUUGGAGGCGGAAGGCGACUGGUUUUGGCGACGGCGGGGUCCGCGAAACUCGACGGAGCCAGCCCUGGACAAUGGUGGUUUUCGAUGGUACAGGGCACGACCGACGAGCGAACAACGCCGGAUUAGCAGAGGUGCAGCGACGGAUUUCGAGAUUUGGAAGGUAUCGCGAUUUGGGAGAUGUGCAGAGACGACGAAUUGAUGUGCAGAGAAAAGGCGCUGAGGAGAGACAAAUAGGAGGUCAGGAAUUUUUUCUUCUUGGGCCUGUGCAGAGACAACACAAUUUCAUUUUUUGGGCCCAGGUGAUGGAUGCAUUUAAUCAUAAAUUGUGGUCCUGUGAAGUAGCUGCGACACUGGGACUUGUGCAGAGGGAGUAUGGCAGCGACUUUGGUCAACGGAUCCGGAGAAUAGAAAACCAAACCAACAGGCAAGUAACCUACUCCAAGAGAAGAAAUGGGCUCUUCAAGAAAGCUCAUGAACUCACUGUUCUCUGCGAUGCCAAGGUUUCCAUUAUCAUGAUUUCCAGCACCCAGAAGCUUCACGAAUACAUCAGCCCCAUCACCUCGACUAAGCAGAUGUUUGAUCAGUAUCAGCAGGCUACUGGAAUUGAUAUUUGGAAUACACACUAUGAGAAAAUGCAACAACACUUGAAUAAGCUGAAGGAUAUUAACAGAAAUCUGAGACGGGAGAUUAGGCAAAGAAUGGGGGAGAGCUUGAACGAUCUGGGGUACGAACAGAUGGUGAAUUUGAUAGAAGAUAUUGACAACUCUCUGAGGCUUAUUCGUGAAAGGAAGGUGUGA